AGAAAACAGAGAUUAAAUUCUUGUUGGUAACAAACGCUAACCACGCCUGCUGAAUUUCUCGGGUCGAAUCUGGGGUACGGCAUCGACCCAUCAAUUCCGAAUAGCGCCCUUUUGGAUACAGGAAGGCAAACGAAGCAUCUGGAAUACUCUUUUCUUGUUGACGAAGAUUCGUAAACAGAAAUCAUAAUUCAUUCAAAUUCCCACCGUCAUCUCCAAUUUGGUGACAAUUUAAAGAAAGUAAAACGGUACAAAUUUGGAUCAAUUCUCUUGUUCCUACAGUUGCAAUUCUUUCAACAAAUACACAAAUUAGCAAUGGAAAGAGGAAGGGGUAGGUGGGGUUCAGUAUCACGUGGGAUGCUACCUCUGUUAGCGCUGCAUACAGUAAGCGAAUACUGCAGGCUGGAGAGGAAACCGCCGGUUACAGCAGGACUUCUUGCGGCUAAUACAAUGAUAUACUUAAGGCCCAGUUUUCUUGAUCCUUUACUCCCUACCAUCAGUGAAGUCUGGUUUAAUCCUCACCUCAUCCUUAAGUACAAGGAUCUGAAACGAUUCUUCCUGUCAGCGUUCUACCAUGUGAACGAUUCUCACCUUGUCUACAAUAUGCUUUCUCUUCUGUGGAAGGGGAUACAAUUGGAGACAUCAAUGGGAAGUGCAGAAUUUGCAUCGACAGUUGCAGCCUUAGUUGCUAUGUCCCAGGGCAUUACACUAUUACUUGCAAAAUCACUUCUUUUAUUCUUUGACUACGAGAGACCCUACUACAAGGAAUAUGCUGUGGGUUUUUCUGGUGUCCUCUUUGCUAUGAAAGUUAUUCUCAAUGCACAAUCAGAUGAUUAUACAUAUGUGCAUGGGCUGCUGGUGCCUACUCGAUACGCUGCCUGGGCAGAACUCAUUCUCAUACAAAUGUUUGUACCCGGUGUCUCAUUUCUUGGGCACCUUGGUGGAAUACUUGCUGGCCUUCUGUUUUUGCGUUUAAAAGCAUCGUAUUCAGGUGCAAAUCCACUAAGGAACGUCAUCAGAGGUUUUACCCAUGCACUGAACUGGCCUUUAAGGUUUGUGAAGUGCUUAUUCCGAAGCCAACCAAGAAUUGCUGGUAGAGGAACCGUUGGUGGCAGGCAGACAAGAGAUACAUCUCAAACGUGGAGAUGCGAAGCAUGUACAUUUGAUAAUUCAGGCUGGUUAAGUGUUUGUGAAAUGUGUGGCACAAGUCGUACUGAUGAUGGGUUGUCAUCUCUUAGUUCCACAGAUGAGAUUGAAGACCUAUCAUUGGAAGAAUUACGGCGUCGCAGAAUUCAAAGAUUUGGUAGAUGAUGAGAAAGAUUGGCUCAAAUGAUCAUAGAUGCUAUUAUAGCUUUCUCUGAAAAUAGUCACGUCAAAGCAGGGUAGUAGAGGCCUGGAAUUCCAUAAAGGGUAUCUUGUGGAUAAUCACUGUGCUUAAUAGUAUAAAAAAAAACAGUAAUUACCUAAUACUGUUUGGUACAGGAGGCAUGUCUCCGUUAAGGUUGUGGAAGAGAUAGUAGACUUGAGAAGCAUGCAAGUUGUUCCAUGGACAGAACAUUUUGGCACAUUGUGUUACUUUUAUCUUGUCAUGAAACCGAAGGGCUCGUUACCGGAAGUAAAACCUUCUGUUAUGUCCUUAAGAAGUAAAAUUUUCUGCUAGCUUCCCUGUCAUGUCUUGUCUUCUUGAUCGUGGCAUACCGCCAGAAUGUCAUAUGUCCAAUUGACGAGUUUGAUUAACCUUGCCAAUAGGGUUUUUAGGUUUAUCUGAUGAACAUAUUGCAAUAAGAGAUGAAUGUGAAAAUAUUUAUGCAACUGAAGCUCCUGUUGCAGUUUGAUUUCUUAA